AUGUCCAAUAAGCAAGGAUUCGUUCGAAGUCUCUUUGAUUCAAACGUUAAUCCCGUUAAUCAAAAGGCUCGUAAUAUACCUAUACUAAAUAUCAUGGAUAAGUAUAGUAGAGCUUUUCAUCUUUCAUGGCUAGGAUUCUUUGUUGCAUUUUUGUCCUGGUUUGCUUUUCCUCCUCUUCUUCAUGGGGCUAUUCAAGAAGAUCUGCAACUUACUAAAGCGCAAAUAGCAAAUUCAAAUAUUGUCGGACUAGUGGCAACGUUACUUGUUCGUGCUAUUGUUGGUCCUUUGUGUGAUAGAUAUGGUCCUCGUCUCGUUAUGGUUGGGUGUCUUCUUAGUGGUGCCAUGGCAACUGCUUGCACACCAUUGAUUAGUAAUACCACAGAACUUAAUAUAAUUCGAUUCUUCGUUGGUAUUUUGGGAGGCACUUUUGUUCCAUGUCAAGUUUGGACAAGCCAAUUCUUUGACAAGAAUAUUGUUGGAUUAGCUAACGCGUUGGCUGCAGGAUGGGGUAACGCAGGAGGCGGUGCCGCCUUCUUUUUAAUGCCUGCCAUUGUAUCCCUGCUUAUGAGCAAGUAUGGUUUCAGUCAAUAUUGGGCAUGGCGCAUGGCUUUCCCAAUGUGUCCACUUGUAUUUAUUGUCUGUACUGCAAUUUUGACGCUUAUUUUUGGAGAUGAUACACCAAAUGGAUCAUGGAGCAGUCGACAUAAACAUCAAAUUGCUGAAACAAACGAUCAAUUUGAGAAUGCAUCAAUGAUAGCCUCAUCUUCUCCGUCAAUGGAAAAAACCAUUGACCUCUCUCUCGAUCAUGAACUUCCGUUAGCAACUAAAGAAUCUGAAAGAAAGAAAGAUUUCAGAGAUGUGAAAUUUUUCGAGAUUGAAGAUGAAGUUCCUCAAGCUCCAUCGGCUGCAGAUAUAUUAAAAAUUGCACUUUCAUCGCAAACUCUAUUGGUGUCACUUCCCUAUCUGUGUUCAUUUGGUUCUGAACUCGCUGUCGAAGGUGUUAUUUCAGAUUUUUACAUACAAACUGCAAAAAUAUCAAAUAACGUAGUUUGGAACGAACAGACUGCCGGAAAAUGGGCUGCUGUCUUUGGUCUAUUGAAUUUAAUUACAAGACCUUUAGGUGGAUAUAUAUCAGAUUUACUUUAUCAAAGUAAGGGACUCAAUGCCAAGAAAUGGUGGUUAAUCUUUCUUGGAGUUAUGCAAGGUAUCUUCUUUAUCUUAAUUGGUUUUAUGAAUCUAAAUAUUUAUCAUUUAAUUGGAAUGAUGACUGGUUUGGCAAUAUUCAUGGAAGCAGCUAACGGAGCUAUUUUCUCUUUGGUACCUUCUAUUCAUCCAAAAUUUAAUGGCGUUGUUUCAGGUUUUGCAGGAGCAGCUGGAAACAUGGGCGGUGUUUUAUUUGGCUUAGCUUUCCGAUUUCAGGGAACUGAUUAUCAGACAGCUCUGUGGAUCAUUGGAGUUAGUUGCCUAGGUGCAAAUCUUGGUGUCACUUGGAUUUCAGUGCGAUAA